AGAAUGGCUGAGUGUUGAGGUGACGUGAGGGAUCCAAGUGAGGCAAAAAUUGAAAGGAUACAGUAACUGUUCUCAAGCAAGUGGGACUUGAUUUUAAGAAAGCCAAGAUGGAAAACAAGAGGAAGGUUUCUGUGAGACGCAUUAGUAUUGGGGAUUUUACCCCAUCACAGCAGAAAAGGUCACGGGGAGGAGAUUGGGAUGAAGAUGGUCCCUCACAAUUUGAAGAAGAGUUGGCUUUUCUGGAUGAGGUGGAGGCUGAGGUGGCUGUAGAAAUGAAAGAAGCACAGUUGUCACCUGAUGCCAUUCCCCUUGGUAACCUCUUCUCAUCAAUACACAACCCCAAGUGGCAGAGGCCUCUGCCUCCCAAAAUAAAUCCCAAUGAGGAAGCCCUAUGUUUCCAGCAAGUGGAACUAGACUAUUAUGUGGGCUCUCACAUCCCUGGGUUCCCUGGUUGUACCCAAGGUUCUGUGCCUGUCCUGCGAAUGUUUGGUGUCACUGCAGCUGGCAACAGUGUCUGCUGUCAUAUCCAUGGUUUUGCACCUUAUUUUUAUGUACCUGCCCCACCUGGAUUCCAAGCAGAGAAUCUGGCUGAAUUUCAGCGGGAACUGAAUACAGCUGUGAUCCGGGACAUGCGGUCCAACAAGGAUGGUUUGAACCAAGUUGUUCUAGCAGUGGAGAUCUGCAAAAAACAGAACAUGUAUGGCUUCCAUGGACCACAUCUUUUACCCUUCCUGAAAAUUACAAUGGCACUGCCUCGGCUAAUUGCUCCUGCCAAGAGAUUGCUGGAACAAGGGCUGCGGUGUGGAACACUGGGAACACACAAUUUUCAAGCCUUUGAAGCCAAUAUUGAUUUUGAAAUCAGGUUCAUGGUAGACCGGGAUAUUGUUGGCUGUAACUGGAUUGAAUUGCAUGCUGGAAAGUAUCGCCUGCGACAAGAAGAGUCUGCUGGAGAAUCUGAUAAGGAGAAUCCACGCAAGGUAUCACUCUGUCAGCUGGAAGCUGAUGUUGCUUGGAUGGAUUUCAUUAGCCAUCCGCCUGAGGGAGAAUGGCAACGUAUAGCUCCCUUGCGUGUCCUCAGUUUUGAUAUUGAAUGUGCUGGACGUAAAGGUCAUCCCAUUUCCCUUCCUGGGCCGUAUUCUAUCCCGCAAGUCUGUCAUCCGUGAUUCGUCCUUCCAAUCUAAGCAGAUGGGACGGAGGGAGAAUAAAGUCAUUAACAUGGAAGGCAGAGCCCAAAUUGAUCUACUUCAGGUUCUAUUGAGGGAUUACAAAUUACGCUCCUACACCUUGAACGCUGUCAGCUAUCACUUCCUACAGGAACAGAAGGAAGAUGUCCAGCAUUCCAUUAUUACAGACCUGCAGAAUGGUUCAGAUCAAUCACGUCGGCGACUGGCUGUGUACUGCCUCAAGGAUGCCUAUCUGCCACUGCGGCUUUUGGGGAAGCUCAUGUGUGUUAUCAAUUACAUGGAGAUGGCUAGAGUCACUGGGGUACCUCUUAGUUAUCUCCUAGCCCGUGGACAACAAAUCAAAGUGGUGUCCCAACUUCUGCGGCAGGCUAUGAAGCAGAAUCUGGUGAUGCCAGUGGUGAAGACAGAAGGUGGGGAGGACUAUGCAGGUGCAACUGUCAUUGAACCUCUGAAAGGCUAUUAUGAUGUGCCAAUAUCAACCUUGGACUUCUCCUCAUUGUACCCUUCAAUCAUGAUGGCUCACAAUCUGUGCUAUACUACUCUUUUACAACAGGGGGCAGUUGAGUGCUAUGGGCUUUCCCCAGAGCAGUUCAUUCGUACCCCUACAGGGGACCAUUUUGUGAAGUCAUCCGUUCGUAAAGGUCUUCUGCCUGAGAUUUUGGAAAACUUGCUGGCUGCUCGUAAGAGGGCCAAACUAGAAUUGAAGCAGGAGACUGACCCAUUUAAGCGACAGGUCCUGGAUGGACGGCAGUUGGCUCUCAAGGUCAGCGCCAAUUCUGUUUAUGGAUUCACUGGGGCCCAAGUAGGCAAACUACCGUGCCUUGAAAUAUCACAGAGUGUAACUGGAUUUGGGCGUCAGAUGAUUGAGAAAACAAAGCAAUUGGUAGAAUCCAAGUACACUAUUGCCAAUGGAUAUAAGGCUGAUGCAAAGGUUAUAUACGGGGACACAGAUUCAGUGAUGUGCCGUCUGGGUGUGGAAUCAGUUGCUGAAUCCAUGGAAAUAGGCAGGGAAGCAGCAGCCUGGGUCUCUAGCCAUUUCACUCCACCCAUCAAAUUGGAGUUUGAGAAGGUAUAUUUUCCAUACCUCCUGAUCAAUAAGAAGCGCUAUGCUGGCCUGUACUUUUCCUCCAACCCUGACAUGCAUGACAAGAUGGACUGCAAGGGCAUUGAGACUGUGCGUCGAGACAACUGCCCCCUGGUGGCAAACCUUAUCAACACCUGUCUGCAGAAGCUGCUCAUAGAUAGGGACCCUUCUGGGGCUGUCACCCAUGCCAAGGAAGUGAUUUCUGAUCUGUUGUGCAACAGAGUUGACAUUUCACAGUUGGUGAUCACCAAGGAAUUAACACGCACUGCAGAUGAAUAUGCAGGGCGCCAGGCUCAUGUGGAAUUGGCCGAGAGGAUGCGUCGGCGAGAUCCUGGCAGUGCUCCCAACUUGGGAGAUCGAGUUCCUUAUGUUAUUAUCAGUGCAGCCAAGGGUGUUGCAGCAUACAUGAAAUCUGAAGAUCCCAUCUAUGUGCUGGAGAACAACUUGCCCAUUGACACCCAGUACUAUCUUGAGCAACAACUAGCUAAGCCCCUCUUGCGUAUCUUUGAGCCUAUCUUGGGAGAGGGCAAAGCUCAGAAUGUUUUACUGAAGGGAGAACACACUCGCUGCAAAACAGUAUUGACAGCCAAAGUUGGAGGACUGAUGGCUUUUGCGACUAAACGAAGCACCUGCAUUGGUUGCCGGGCUGUGCUCAACCACCACGGUGCUGUGUGCAAGUUUUGCCUGGCUCAUCAAUCUGAACUUUACCAGAAGGAGGUGACCCAUCUAAGCUGUUUGGAAGAAAAGUUCUCUCGUUUAUGGACACAAUGUCAGCGUUGCCAAGGGAGCUUACAUGAAGAUGUACUGUGUACCAGUCGUGACUGUCCCAUCUUUUACAUGCGGAAAAAGGUUCAGAAGGAUCUUGAUGAUCAAGAAUUGCUGAUUUCCCGCUUUGGCCCCCCUACUUGGUGAUUGCUCCUUCUCAUCUGACGGGAACUAUAUUCAUCUUUUUACAUCUAGAAUCAAGGUGAAGCCUCAUUUAGGAAACUCAGGGGAAAAUUACUGGUAUUGGCACUGUUCUGCAUUAUAGACCCCAUUGUCAGAAUUGGGGAGAACACAAACUGCAUAUUGCAGGAGAAAUAAUAGCUUGGCUCCAAAAAGCUCCUUUGUAGAGUUGUGUGUUUGUAAUAUAAGUUUCUACAAAUAAAAAAUAGCUCUUUUUCUUGCA